ACUCGCACGCACACACGCGCGCACACACGAACAUUAAUGUAUGCGUUUUAUACAGCACAAACACAUAAAAACGUAAGCACACACAACACACGCAUAAAGAGUAGUCAUGCUCAUUUGAGAGGAAAUACACAUACAAAAUUAGUCACACAGAAAAAAAAAUACACACACACACACCAACUACAAACAGUUAACAAAUAUUGUAAGAUUUUAAAAAAUUUAAACCACAAAACAUAUACAAUUGUUAAUAUGGGAAAAAAUGGGAUGACACCCACAUCUACACACAGUAACGUACACAUACAUACACACAAACAU